AUGAAACCUCUAGAAAAAAUGUCUCCAUCCUACCACCCAGGUCCUCCCAACUACACCCUCCAACCUAAAAAAAACCCCCUCGACCAAACGACCGCCCUCUCCAUCAUCAACAUCCCCCCCUCCACCACCGUCCGCGACCUCAUCCGCAGCAUCAUGUCCGUCGGCCCAACAGGCCGCAUCCUGUUCGCCCGCCUCUACGAAACCCCCUCGAGCAGCAGUCCCACCCCCGCCAAAACAGCCAAGGUCGCGUUCGCCACGCGCGCAGAGGCCCAGCGCCUCUUCGUUAUCGCACACCAGGGCCUGUUCCAGGUGCAGGGCGCCACGGUCCGCGCGUUCUGGAGCAGCGAGCUGUGGACGUCGCUCGAGUGCGCCGGGCCCAUCUCGCGCGUGCUGAUCAUCCAGGGCCCGCGUGAGGUCGUCAACCAGAACAGGCUGCGGCAGUAUUUUCAGAACAGGCUGAGGAGGUGCGAUACCGAGCAUUUCGUCUUUACUGAGUUGAAUAAUGAGCCGGAGAGAGAGGGUGGUGGUGGUAAUGGAGGCGCGUCUGGUCACGUGCAGGCUAUCUGGCGGUUUGGGAGCUGGUUUGAUCAGGCCGAAAUGGCAGUCGAGUGCCUCAAGAGAGACUUUCCACUCCUGGUUACUGUUCGCUAUGGGUAUGAUCCUUGCUGCUGCUCACCUGGUCCAGCUGCCAGGGUUCUUUGGAACUCGUAA